AUGGCCCUGUCCACUUUUAUUUCCCUUUUCAUUAUUUGCCCGGUUAACGUUAAUGCGAACACAGUUGCUUCGAGACCUAAGACAAAAAAUUUAGGUAAUCUUUUAGUAAUUACUCAAAGAAUCUGGACAUACAUACAAUCUGAGUUUCUAAGACAUGCCCAAAACUGGGAAAAGAGCAGGCAAUCUGGACAUAUUUCUAAGAAGUCGUCUGCAACGCAAAGGAUGUUGAAAUUACCAGGCCGUCAAUCUGUCAAGGCUAUUUGUCCUGACCCAAAACAUAUUAAUCUGCCCAAUAAUGAUGAGUGCCAUUGUACAGAUUUUGAUGCAGAAAAGGGUGCAAUUGUACCGUAUGUGGCUGGCACUAAUUCUGUAUCUGAUUUUUCUAAAACCAUUUCCAGAGAACUUGAGGAAAACUUGAAGCAAGAGUAUUCAGUUGUCUCCAUCCAUGCUCCAGUUGUUUCAAAACCUAAGCCAGCCAAAUGCCCUUAUGAUCAGGAAACUAGUUUAUCAACAUCUCUUCUGGAAACCCCUGUAAAAAACAUAAAUUCCUCCAGUGAAAUGUCUACCACUCAAAGAACUCCUGCAGAACUUGUCUACUCCUCGGCCGAACUGAUGAGUGCCACUCCUAAGAGAUGA